AUGCUGAAACUAAUUAGUUUGCUAAUUGGUUUUAUUGCAGCGGUUAGUGGGACGCCAUUGUUUGGUAUUUUGGCCAACCCUUUUGCACCAAAAUUUAGCACCAUCCAACCUUCAAACCCAGAAAUCACAACUGCUGCCGCCUGUGCACCAACAUCCAAUUACAAAGAUAUCGAAUAUGUUUGCGGAAAUGUUUUUGAUAGAAUUUAUAUAAUAUUUCUGGAAAAUGCAGAUUAUAUGAAGGCAGUAGAGGACUGUCACCUGAAAAAGCUCCAGAAAAAGGGAAUCACCCUCUGCAACUAUUGGGCUCUAACUCAUACAUCAGAGCCCAAUUAUAUUGCGGCAGUAGGAGGUGACUAUUACGGACUCGACACUGAUGAUUUUGUCAGGCUGCCUGAGAGAGUAUUUUCUAUUGUCGACCUGCUGGAAUACCGCAACAUCAGCUGGGCAGAGUACCAGGAACACAUGCCAUUCACCGGAUAUCAAGGAUUUGAAUAUAAAAACCAGUGUAACGGAGCGAAUGAUUAUGUCCGAAAACACAAUCCUCUGAUAAUGUAUGAUUCAGUGACUAACAACGCCCGACGAUUGUCGAACAUCAAGAACUUCACCGAGCUCUACAGCGAUGUCGCCAACAGGGCGCUUCCACAGUGGGCAUUUAUUACAUGCAAUAUGAGUAACGGCGGACACGACACCACUGUCGCCAAAGCAGGAGAAUGGGCCUACAAUUUCCUAGACCAAUUAUUAGUUGACGAAUACUGCUUUCACAAAACACUUCUGGUGCUCACCUUCGACGAAGUAGACAGAAACCCCAAAAACCGCGUCCUAGCUCUUUUACUCGGCGACAUUCCGUGCGAUCUCCAAAACACAGUCGACGAAACCUACUACGAUCAUUACUCUCUGUUAUCAUCGGUUGAGGCCAACUGGGACCUUCCGAACCUCGGACGAGGCGACUGCGGUGCAAAUACCUUCGAAGUAAUAGCACGAACCACCGGCUAUAAAAACAAACAGGUCGACACACGAUUCAAAUUCAACGCCCUGUCCCCUCCCGGCUGGCUAGCCGAAUCCUUCAUUUCCAUCCCCCCACCCGACCUCAACGGCCAGGGCGCCGGUGGCCCAAUCCUGCCAGAAAUCGCCCGAGUGUGGCAGUAG